AUGACUCGAAGAGUCAUGGGUGGUCUUCAAGUAUCUGAAGUUGUCGAGUAUAAAAUUAUACUUAAAUAUCCAGGUUGUAAUCAAGAAAUAAGAACUGAUAAAACUCAAGAUCUUAAUAAACACAUGAAUUUAAAUGGAAAUCUUCGUAAAGGACAAUGCCAACCAGCUUUGCUUAUAAUGCAAAACCCAGUUCCAGUAAAAAAUCCAGCUGAAAACCCAACCCCGGUGCAAAAUGCGACACCAGCUGAAAAUCCAAUUUCGAUGCAAAACCAAGCCCCA